GUCACCGCCUUCCUGUUAUUUGUGUAUAGAAAGCACUGGAGCUGAUGUCGCUGGUCCCGAAGCGCUGCAAUGACAUGAUGAACCUCGGCCGCCUGCAGGGAUACGAGGGGAAGUUGACCUCUCAGGGUAAGCUGCUGCAACAGGAGACCUUCUGCGUGUGGGAGCAGGACGGCGGAGUUCUUUCCCGUAGCAAAGAGCGCCGGGUAUUCCUGUUUGAGCAGAUCAUCAUCUUCAGCGAACUCCUGCGCAAAGGAUCCAACAAUCCGGGAUACCAAUUCAAGAACAGCAUCAAGGUGACUUACCUGGCCAUGCAGGAGAGCGUGGAGGGAGACCCCUGUAAGUUUAUGUUGUGGUCUCGCGGCUCAGCGGAGCGCUUCACGCUCCAGGCGUCCUCCACCGGCAUCAAGAGCACCUGGGUGGAGAACAUCGCCGCCCUGCUGGAAGCGCAGAACAACUUCUUGUCUGCUCUCCAGUCUCCCAUCGAGUACCAGAAAAAGGAAGGCGGCAUAUCGGUGACUCGUCCCCUGUCGUCGGGGCGGUCGCCUUCGGCCCCGCCCACACCUAAUGGCCACGCCCCUCAGCCGUUGCCAGACAGCGACCAGGACGUCCAGGAGUUGGUGCUGGUGCUCCAGGACUUUGUGGCCGUACGCGAAGACGAGAUCUGCGUGUUCCGGGGCGAGAAGGUUCAAAUUCUGGCCUCCAACCAACAGGGGCAGAGUCUCGUGUACCGACCGGCCAACAGCGACUCGCCGGCGGCCGAGGGCUGGGUGGCACGCAGCGCACUCGACACGCAAUGACCCCCCCCCACCCCCUGCACAAACACGCACACGGACUUCCUGUAGCAGGUAAUGUUAGGCCCGCCCUCCUUCCUGUGGUUUCAGUGUCAAAACACACCUCCAGACAUCAUCCAUUCAGGACCGCCAUCCGAUUGGUCCCCGAGCCAAUCGCAGGUGACAUCACAAACUUUUGGAUCCGGGAACCUGCUGUUGCCAAGCAACAAGAGACAGUUUAAAAAAAAAAAAAAAACAGUUCCUUUGGAUGUGUCUGCGUGACUCCGCCCCUUUCAUGAUGAGGAUGCACAUAUAUGCAUACAUGCCACUGAUUGGUUGAAGAUGAUCAAUAUGAAGAAUAAUAGAAUCUGUUUUUUCACCUGAAUAGAGAAACUGUUUGUCAUAUUCGUGUGCACGUGAGAGAGAGAGAGAGAGAAAAAGAGUAUGUGUGUGUGUGUGAACGUGUCCGAGUGUGUCUUAGUGGCGCCUUCCUGUGUAGGUUUUUCAAUCCACUGAGCGUGUGCUGGUGCCCCACUGUAGCAGUGCCAUGACAACCAUGUGUUGUCGGCGGUUUGUUUUUCUUGAUUUGGUUUUGUUUGCGCAACUACCGAAAAGACCUUUUGAUCCAUGACGCCACACGUCCUUCCGGCUGGCAAGAGCAAACUCAGAUGUCUUUAUCACCCAAUAAACUCUCACCAAUUUGUCCUGUAAGACGGGGGGGUGCUGAACAACUUUCCCGGCAUGGUGGUAACUUACAUUUAAGGCAUAUAUGCUCCGUUCAAUAAAUUAAAAAAAAAAAAAAAUUACAUUCUUACCCCCUCCCCUUUUGUUUUUUGUUUUUUUAAUUUUUUUUUUUAGUAUCUGUACAGCUAUUUAUGACAUCCAGUCUUGUAUUUUUUUUCCGUACAUUCAGGGCAUAUAUGCUCCGUUGAAUAAAUUAAAAAAAAAACAUAUGUAUAUAUACUUUUACCACCACUUUUUUUUUUUUUUAAACAUCUGUACAGCUCUUUAUAACAUCCACUCGUGUAUUAUUUUCAUUUCUUUUUUUUUUUUUUUCUUUUUAAGGGAAAUUGAAAAAAAUAUCUGGCAGCACAAGUGUUUGUCAUUGUUUUCAGUUCAGGUCAGCAGUGGUCAUUUUGUGUUCUGCCCCCCGGAAGCACCGUGGCGCCUUCUUGUUUACACACUUCCCGAAAAGGUCUUUUGUCUCUGUCGCCCACCGCCACCGUGACCGACUCCAAACGUGCAGCCUCACUCUCGUUGGCUGUGCUGAUUAUGCAUUUUUCGUUUGCGUCUCUCAACAUGAUGCCGUCUGUCCCGCCGUCCAACUUUUGCCCGUCCCGCUUCCUGACCGUCAUCUCGCCCGCCUGUCUCCCCGUCUGACUUCCUCUUUCCUUACCCCGACCUCCCUGUGCCCGACUUCUUCUCUCCGUGUCCCACCUUCCUGUUUCCAGUCAAGCUCUCGAUUCGUCUGCGUCUUUUUUCUGGUGCCAUUCUCAGACAACACCCUCGUCCUUAAGGAACUAUGCAGCCUGAGAAAGUAGUGCUGGGUUCAAGGUAGAAGGAAGCGCAUGGUGAUUGACAGAUUGACACUGACGUGGAGUUGCGUUCUGGAGGAUUUAAGCUCCAAUGUAGUGUGCUAUUAGCAAGGCGUAGGGUUGCAGUGGUGGAAAAUGAUGUAAAUAUGAAAAACUGGAAACUUUUCUUGGGUAUUAAAUGGGAAUUGGCAGUCAAUAAAUGAUUGGGAAUGUCAUGUUAGCUUCAAGCACAAAUCAUCCAUGCAAAAUGAUACAAUUCAACGACAUGACAUUGACUCCGUUUUAUUUGUGAGUUGAAUUUUUCAACAUUUCAUGGAAUGUUAAGUGUUUCCACGAAAAAACAAAAACGUGAAUGUUGAGUUGAAUAGUCCUCCAACCUAACUUACUUAAAAUGUUCAAGCUAUAAUGAGCCAACUUCCAAUUUCGUAAAUUCCUGGUAUAUUCCUAUUCAUUCCCAUAGACAGUUUCCAGCAUUGAAAAUUCUCAGAAUUUUGCUACGAUUGUUUCGACUAAAGGGAGUCAUGGAGGGAGCUCAGCCCCUUAUGAGUCCUUUAAGGGAAUGGUGAACACUAAGGCAGGGGUGGGCAAAACAUGGCCACAAAAAGUCUGGCGUGAUCAAGAGUCCUUUCAUAUUUCUUGCAUUCAUUUUUCCACAAAAUGAUUUCAUCAAAAUGUAUAUGCAGCACUCAUAUUUACGUGAACUGUAGGUACCAGUAAUUAAUUUUCAGUUUUGUUGUAUGAUCAAUUUUCAAU